AUGCAGUCAGAAGAUAAAACAUCCACUUGGGAAAUACGGCAGAACCAUUUUUAUCUGCUUCCACUCACGGCUAAUCACACUUGGAUCCCGGCUCUGUCUCUAGUCGGUUCUCCACGUUCUACACUAGAGGAGCCCCAGACUAUCCACGUCUCUUCCACAGCAACAAGCCACCUAACUGUGCUUGCACGCGAACGCAGCCAUUCCAGCGUGGACCUUGCUCUAGACCAGGUCCCAACUACUGAUUCGAUUCGACCUUUCGGGUACUGCAUCGAAAUGCUGGCUUGCUUGGUGCUGCAGAUUGAUUUCCGCAAGCCACCGAGAAGAGAUGGCGCGCGUCCUUCUGUUAUUCAGAAAGAUGUCCUUGACUGGUCUCAAAUUUGCAAGGUUAGCAAGGCUUUGAGAGCCACACUGAACGUUCUGGGUCUGCAGCCCCGGGGGUGGAACUUGGAGCAACAGUCCGGCGAAUCCGAAUAG